ACUUCGCCUCCUCUCCAGUCCAGUCUUCACAUUGACGACCACGGUGGUGGUUCAUACCCGUUCACAUCAGUCCAGGACCCGUCUCAAGGCUCAGAGAUGAGACUCGGCUGGUUUCUGUUGUUUUUCUGUCCUCUGCUUCUUCUCCCUGUAACAGUCAGUGAAGAGCAGCGAGUCCCUGGAGAUAAACUUCUGGUCGUGACAGUUGCAACCAAAGAGACAGAUGGCUUCAGGCGUUUCUUGAGGUCGGCCAAACACUUCAACUACACCGUCAAGGUUCUUGGUCAGGGUGAGACAUGGAGAGGAGGCGACUACAUGUCGGCUCCAGGAGGAGGUCAGAAGGUGCGACUCCUCAAAGCGGCUCUGGGAGAAAUGAAGGAUGAGGACAAAGUCAUCCUUUUUAUUGACAGCUAUGAUGUGGUCUUUGCCUCGGGGCCCAAAGAGCUGCUCAAGAAGUUCCAGCAGGCCAAACACAAGGUGGUGUUCUCCUCUGAGAGUCUGAUCUGGCCCGACAGACACCUGGAGGACAAACACCCCCACGUCAGAGAGGGCAACAGGUUCCUGGGGUCAGGAGGUUUCAUUGGCUACCUUCCCAACAUCAAAGAGCUGGUUUCUGAUUGGGCGGGUGAAGACAGUGACAGUGACCAGCUGUUCUUCACCAAGAUUUACAUCGAUCCAGCAAAAAAAAAAUCCAUAAAUAUCACUUUGGACAGCAAAUGCAGACUGUUCCAGAACCUGCACGGGGCCCUCGAUGAGGUGGUACUGAAAUUUGAGGACGGUAGAGUACGAGCCAGAAAUGUGCUAUAUGAUACCCUACCAGUCAUUGUCCAUGGGAAUGGACCAACCAAGCUGCAGAUCAACUACCUGGGUAACUACAUCCCCAACUCGUGGACAUUUGAGACCGGAUGCACAGUGUGUCGCGACGAUCUUCACCCCCUCACUGCUCUCAAGGAGAGCGAAUACCCCCUGGUGGCGAUUGGCAUCUUCAUCCAGCAGCCCACCCCCUUUGUCUCUGUGUUUUUCGAGCGCCUACUGAAAAUGCAGUAUCCUAAGAACAGGCUGAAACUCUUCAUUUUCAGCCAGGAACCCCAUCAUGAGCAACACGUCACCUCUUUCCUGCGGGAUCAUGGGAGCUUGUAUCGGGAUGUCCGGGUCCUGGGGCCUGAGGAGGAGAUGGAUGGAGCUGCCUCCCGCAACCUUGGCUUUGACAUGUGCCGCAAGGACGAGGACUGUGACUACUUCUUCAGUUUGGACAUCGAGGUGGUCUUAAAGAAUGAUAACGUACUCAAAAUCCUCAUCGAACAAAACCUUCCCAUUGUUGCGCCAAUGAUAACUCGAGUGGGUCGACUGUGGAGCAACUUCUGGGGAGCUCUCAGUGCAGACGGCUACUACGCCAGAUCUGAGGACUACGUGGACCUUGUUCAAGGAAGGAGAGAAGGUGUGUGGAACGUCCCGUAUGUGACUAACGUUUACCUGGUGAAGGCCAGUCUCCUGCGAACAGAGCUCACCGACUACGAGCUGUUCAACUCUCACAUCUUAGACCCUGACAUGGCAUUCUGCCACAACGUACGCAUCAAGGGAAUCUUCAUGUAUGUGACCAACAUGCACACAUUUGGUCGCAUCUUGUCGACAGAUAACUAUCAGACCAGCCACCUCCACAAUGAUCUGUGGCAGAUCUUUGAAAACCCACAGGACUGGGAGGACCGUUAUAUUCAUGAGAACUACUCGCUCAUUAUGAAAACCAACCUGAUGGAAACUCCGUGUCCUGAUGUCUACUGGUUCCCCGUGUUUUCUGAUAUUGCCUGUAACCACAUGGUUGAGGAGAUGGAGAACUUUGGUCAGUGGUCCGGAGGACGCAAUACGGACACCAGAAUUCAGGGUGGUUAUGAGAACGUCCCCACCAUUGACAUCCACAUGAAUCAAAUCAACUUUGAUAAGGAAUGGCGUAAAUUCUUACUGGAGUACAUCGCACCCAUAACAGAGAAAAUGUUUCCUGGCUAUUACACACAGGCUCAGUUUGACUUGGCCUUUGUAGUUAGAUAUAAGCCAGAUGAGCAGCCGUCUUUGAGGCCACACCAUGACGCCUCCACUUUCACUAUAAACCUUGCACUCAAUCAAAUGGGCCCUGAUUAUCAGGGUGGUGGAUGCAAGUUCCUCCGCUACAACUGCUCUGUCCAGGCCCCCCGUAAAGGCUGGGCCCUCAUGCACCCGGGCCGCCUCACCCACUACCACGAAGGCCUGCCGACCACUGGAGGCGUCCGCUACAUCGCAGUGUCCUUUGUGGAUCCCUGAAAUCCCAAAGGCGGCGACACCAGCACCGGCAAGUCCAGACCAGAGAGGACACACAUGGUCCAUCACAGCUGCUCUGUAUCCUCUGAUUUUUUUUCCAUUCAUUUCCUAGUUCUGUUGUACACCAUCUAUGACUUAAUGAUCAAACUGUCAGCAGCAGCCUUUCAGAGCUCAGAUAUAACCACUCUUCAUUCAAACCUUCAUAGACAACACAAGCUUUUAUGACCAGUGACCUGCAGAUGUCUGAAUGAGAGCAGAACCACAACACAAAUUCAGUGACUAAUCUACAAACACAUGAGUUCACACUAAGUCGAUUAAGCCUAUCCACUCCACACGACUCUCUCUGUGUUUCUCAGUAUAGCAGGUUUAGAUCUUAUGUCGCCCUGUGACACGCCAGUGCUGCACACCAGAAGCAAUUUGCUUUAUGUCGAGACAGAAAGAGGCAACAGCGGUAUUGCGUAAGUAAAGCAACACUGCGACAAACAGGUUGGAGUUUGACUGCGAACACAAAAGAAGAGGCCAAGACAAGUUUCAGAAGUUAAUUCUUCUGCUCGAAAACAACACGGUUGUUCAGUAGUUGAGAUGAGAUGGAUGCUUCUUAGUCCCGCCCACCCCUGCACUGCUGGUGAACACACACACACACACUCCCUCGGGCAGCAGGUAUGAUUGUAUUGCUUGAUAAAGGAGGCAGCAUAAAAAUAAGGUUUCAUUGUUUCCUUGUUUCUGUUCAUGGAAUUUAACCAGAGGCAGAAUAACAUAAAUGUACACACACAACCUGCAUGUGCAACAAACGAUUACAUUCAAAAAGUUACAUUACAUAUUUACUCAGUCACGUUAAUUUUAAUGCUCUGCUGCCCCCUACAUGUUUAAGAAAGUAGCUUUUUAUUUUAUUUUUUAUGUUCUUUUCUUUGCAGAUAAUGCACUACACAAUCAUAACAAUCCCUGUUAGGAGUGAAAAUGUCUUCCGGAAUAUGGAAUAUGGAAUUUACUGAAACUGAAAUGACCACAGAGAGAUUUAGGGGAUGAGGAAUAUUCCAGGGUGGGAGCUGAUGUGAAUCCAGUUUCUACUUGAGUCAUGACUGAAUUGUGUUGUGUGUCAUAUGAAAUAUAGGAAGAGAAGGCGUUUAAGAGCUGUCUGAGUCUGCAGCUUCACUCGACUGAUGUUUUUGGCCACAUCCGCACGGACACGGAACAAAAUAUAAACAAUCCUUUUUUUUCUGGGUCAUUUUGAGAAAGUUUCCUGGUUCAAGAAAUGUCCCCAUCCAGCUUUUCCCUACUCUGACCUGUUUUCAAACGAAACAAAAAAAAAAAUCUAUGCAGAUUCACCUACACUCAUUUCCAUGUGGACGGACCGUUAGUUACUUGCUCCACUGGGGCCCGUGACAACAGGCCAGUGUUAACUGCUGAGUCAUGUUUUUAUUGGAUUAACAGGUAACAAAGAUACAGAGCAGCUUUUUUUGGAUCAGUCUAAAGACUGGGUUUGGUCUUGGUCGUGUGGUGCCUCUCAGGAAAUCACCAAAAAUUCACUUCUUUACAUGAUUUUGUGAAAACUUGUGUCAUUUCACCAAGUUCACAAAGUGCCUUCAUCUAUUUCAGUUCACUUCUGUUGUGACUCUGUUGAACCGAGACACUCCAAUGCCUGUUACUUAUUUAUUACCUUUUGUUCUUAUGUAUUUGAUUUGCUAAAAACCAAAACUCCAUGUUUUUUAUAUUUGCAGUUUCACUGCCAUCUUGACAUUUCAUAUUGGAACCAGCGAUGACGUAUUUUUUUCCCUUCGUAUUCACUGAUUCUGAUACUCAAUCAGCAGAGCUUACAACAGCAUCAUAUUCACACUUGUCAUUUGUCUCCAUUAAUGUGCUAAACAGAAAAUAAAAGUGAAAAGCCAAGUGAAA